AUGAAAGGCUACAAGAAACAGGAAAAAAAGGGGCAAAAAAAGAUACAGUCCAGAUGUUCUGCUUUGCAGCCUCUACUUCUAAUUGCUGUGCCACAGCCCAGCAAAGGCGCGUCCCCGGCGGGCACAGACCCUGCUGAUAACGCCGGGAAGAUAAAAGCGGGCGCGGAGGGGCCGCGGCCAGGGAAGAGGCGGCGGAUCGCAGGGAUGAAGGCAGAAACCUUUCUGGGGUCGCUGGUGAUCCUCAGCCUGUUCCAGGCAUCUGUAUCCUCUUCCUACGAUGUGCCGCUGGAGCUGUCGGACACGUCCCUGCUGAGCAGCGUGGCCGAGGCUCGGCAGCUGGUGGAUGCCGCCUACAAGCACACACGGGAGCGCAUAAAGAAGAACCUGCAGAACAGUGCCUUGACCCCAGCAGAGCUCCUGAGAUAUUUCAAGCAGCCAGUAGGGGGGACACGAAUGGCUGUCCAGGCAGCGGAUUAUCUGCAGACCACCCUGAGCCUGCUCAAAGAGAGGCUGCGAUGGGCUGUGAGGGGGGACUUCAACGUCACAGACUUGCUGACUCCAGCUCAGGUGGAGGUGAUUUUCAAGGCCACUGGAUGUGACCAGCAGGAUAAGAAAAUAAAUUGUGCAUCUUCUGGCUACAGAACCAUUACUGGCGAGUGCAACAACAGGAGGAACCCAUCCCUAGGAGCUUCCAACAGAGCCCUGGCCAGGUGGCUGCCAGCAGAAUAUGAGGAUGGCGUGUCCGUGCCCCGUGGGUGGAUGGAAGGAAAGCGUUUCUCUGGAUUCCCCCUUCCACUGGUCCGACAAGUGUCCAACGAGAUUGUCCACUUCCCCCCAGAGCAGCUGCAGAUGGACCAGCAGAGAUCCCUCAUGUUCAUGCAGUGGGGCCAGUUUAUUGACCACGACCUGGAUUUCAGCCCAGAAACCCCAGCCAGAGUCCCCUUUGGUGGUGAGACAGACUGUGACACCAGCUGUGCCAAGGAGCCUCCCUGCUUUCCCAUCCAGAUCCCACCCAACGACCCCCGAAUCACCAACAGGAGGGAUUGCCUCCCUUUCUUCCGCUCAGCUCCCACCUGCACGCAGGGCAGAGCGGUGCGGGAGCAGAUCAACGCGCUGACCUCGUUCUUGGACGGCAGUGUCGUGUACGGCAGUGAGGUGGCCGUGGCCGAGCGGCUGCGGGACCGGAGCAGCCAGAGGGGCCUCCUGGCUGUGAACCGCAACUUCACGGACAGGGGCAGGGCGUACAUGCCUUUCGGUCCCAUGAGGAAGGAGCCCUGCCUCAAGGCCAGCGGGGCAGCUCGAAUCCCUUGUUUUCUUGCAGGUGACACCCGCGCCAGUGAGAUGCUGGAGCUGGCCUGCAUGCACACGCUCUUUGUGCGGGAGCACAACCGCCUGGCUGGGAAGCUAAGGAGCCUCAAUCCCCGCUGGAAUGAUGAGAGGCUCUACCAGGAGGCACGAAAGAUCCUGGGAGCCAUGAUCCAGAUCAUAACCUACAGGGACUACCUGCCUCUCCUGUUGGGAUGCAGGUUCCACAGGCUCAUUCCUCGCUACCAGGGCUACAAUGAGUCUGUGGAUUCUCGGAUAUCCAAUGUCUUCACCUUGGCUUUUCGCUUUGCUCACGCCUCAGUCCCUCCAACUGUUGGCCGCUUAGAUGAAUAUUACAGACCCAUAACUCCUGAAAUUCAGCUCAGAACCUCCUUCUUUGCUGUCUGGAGAAUCAUUCAAGAAGGUGGGAUUGAUCCCUAUCUCCGGAGCCUCAUGGCCAACCAGGCUAAGCUGAUGACGCAGCAGCAGAUGGUGGUGGGCGAGCUCCGGGAUCGGCUCUUUGAGCAGGUUGAAAGGAUUGGGUUUGAUUUAGCUGCGCUCAACAUGCAGCGCAGCCGAGAUCAUGGCCUUCCAGGUUACAGCUCCUGGAGAAAAUUCUGUGGGCUCUCACAGCCCUCUGGAGUGAAGUCACUUGGGCACGUGUUGAGGAAUCGGAACCUGGCAAGGAAAUUCCUGAAGCUCUAUGGGACACCAAAGAACAUUGACAUCUGGAUUGGGGCCCUUGCAGAGCCCUUUGUGAAAGGAGGCCGAGUGGGGCCUCUCAUGGCUUGUCUCAUUGGCACCCAGUUCAGGAACAUUCGUGAUGGAGACAGGUUUUGGUGGCAGAACCCUGGAGUUUUCACUCCUCGCCAGCGCUGUUCACUGGCCAAAAUCUCCUUGUCACGAAUAAUAUGUGACAAUACCCACAUCACUAAAGUAUCAAGGAAUAUCUUCUGGGCUAACAGAUACCCCCGUGGCUUUGAGAGCUGCAGUCAGAUCCCAAAGCUGGACCUCAGACCCUGGAAGUCAAAGAGCACUGAGGAGCAAGAAAAAGAUUCUGGUGCCUUUAAAUGCUGAAUAUUGAGGAUUUCCCAUAUGUCCAGACUUGGGAUGCUGCUGAAGUGGAUUAUUAAUUUUCACGGUGUUUAUGCUUUCACGGCCUGCAA